AUGUACCUAGAACCUGUGGUCUUAAAGAGCUUGUUCUCUCAUCCUGAACUCUUAGAAAUUGUUCUUAAAGAGACUCUGGCAACGGAAACGAUUAUUAACCACCUCCUUAUCUAUUUGGAGCGCUAUUAUCAUGUCUCGGAAGUGGAGGAAUACUCAGAUUUGCUUCGGCGAAGUCCCCUUGAUAUCUUGGCCGAUAUUCUAACGCAGCGCGGAAUCGAAAAGAGCCCCUUAAAAAGGAAUGAGAUCAUGAGGCCCUUGCUAACCAAGUGCUACGAACCGAACAUGCGAGUCAAGAUAUUAAUCGCCCUGACCAGCAGUCAUAUCCCCGACAGAUUAUUUUUAUCGCGCACACGUGUGCUCGAGAAUAAUUUGCAUCCCUCUCUCUCCCAGAUCGACAACAAAGACAAAUUCCCGAUUUGGCGAAUAUGCUUGAGUCAAAGGAUACUAAACAUUCUCCUCGAAAGGAAAGACCAGGUUGUAUUUAAGCUGGGCGCCAAUGUAGGGGGCGUGCUGUUGAAGGUUCCCAAACUAAUUCCGCCACUGGAGCAGGCCCCAGAAGAUCUAGCCCGGGGGGAUAAUCCGCAGGGUCUGAGGCACCCCGAAGGAGACAGACCAGUGCUGCCGGCGCCCCUUCACCGGCUUCCUCCACGUUUGCAAAGGCGCCUUUUGCGCGUCAAUCACCAACUGGAGAACAACGAGGCUUCUGAGGAUGCGUCCGAGGAUGCGGCUGAGGAGGGAAACCGGGGGGAGUGGGAGAGCGGAGACGGUGAAGAGGGACGGCCCGCGUCGGCAGAAGAGGACGAGCCUGACGUUGGGAUUGAGGCUAGUGAUGUUGAAUCUGAUGAGUAUGAGCCUGACGAGUUUCAGGAAGAGAUGCUGGAGAGUGAGGACACCGGUGAGCAGGGCGCCGGCGGGCAAGCUCGAGGGCUUUCUACGUGGAUGGUGAAGUGUCCACUGGUGCACCCGUUAAAGCCGCCAUUUGAGACUGCGAUUGCGACGAAGGACAAAGCGUUCAUUGAGUGGGUGACUGAUUUAUGUCCUGUAGCUGACGUCUGGCCCACGGAGAUGGCACCAUCCGUAUGGAAGAUUAUCUUGUCGAACGGCCUGAUGGAGGCGUGGGAGAACCUGUACCUCAAAGGGUAUACGAAGCCGGCCCAGCACAGCUGGUUGUGUUAUGCGGUACCACAUGAGCGUGCGAUGUUGUUUGUAUAUAGGCUCUACCACGAUCCGUACGAGAAACGUUGGUACGUGCCGGUGGACCCGAUGGCGGUGAAGGAAGCCGCGGACUCAGGCAGUCUGGACGCGAUCCUGUUCUUUGCGCAACGGGGUGUGGACUUCAGCCGCGUUGUCCCGACCGAACACAUAAAGACCGAACCGCGGACGGCCCUCGCCUCCUGUGCCCGAUGUCCGGAAGUCGACCACGCACUGCUCCACCACCUUACGGUCCGGGCCGUUGCCAAAGAUGACGUAGACCAACUGGCCCUCUUCGCAGCGGAGUGCCGAACCGCGCACUACCUGCAGCACCUCGUGGACCAUUACGGCUGCCCUCUCGCGCGAGAUCGGCUGACGCCGUCUGCGGUCCCCUACGCCAUCAGUGACGGCCACUGCUUGAUUGAAAGGGCAGCAACCAAGGGAAACCUCAACGCAGUCAUGUGGCUUCUCUGUCAGUACUUCCGGACUUCUCAGCCAGAGGAAAUUCUCAAGUGCUCAUACUCUGUGGAGCGGUUUGACGACAGGUGUUGGGAGCUUGUAGACGUCGCAUACGGGCUGGGGCCGCAGACGUCAAGAGCAGCUAGUUUGGUAUCGGCUGUUGAACGAUUUCGGACUGAGCGCGACGGCGCGAGUUGA